CCGACCACCUGCCUUCCCAUCCCACCAGGCAGGUUAUCUAUAUAUAAGAUGUUCUUGUUCACAGUCCAACAGAGGGAGCCCCUCCUCUGGCCUUCACCAUCUGUGAAUCUGAGAGCCGCUCAGCUCCAGCCAGCAUGUGUCUCCUGUUAUUCCAGCUGCUGGUAUUCCUACCCCUGGGAGAGGCUAGGGAGCAUCUGCAGGGCAGCCAGGAUCAGAGUGCUCUCUCCCAGAGGCCCCUAGAAAGACAUCACAGAGAGCUCCCCAUGGGCAACCAUGAGGAAGCAGAUGACAAGCCAGAUUUGUUUGUGGCAUUGCCCCACCUGAUGGGUGCCAGCCCUUCAGGGGAAAGUCAGAGGCAAAGAGAGAAAAUGCUGUCUAGGUUCGGCAGGUUCUGGAAGAAGCCUGAUAGAGAACCACAUCUAGUCAGGGAAUUGGAUGAUGAGCAGGUCCCACCUGGGACCCAGGCCCACACUCAGCCUAUGAAUGCGAUGAAAAUGGAGAAAUCUCCUCUUCAGGAAGAAGCCAAGAAGUUCUGGCACCACUUCAUGUUCAGAAAGAGUCCAGCUUCGCAGGGGAUCAUCUUGCCCAUCAAAAGUCACGAAGUACAUUGGGAGACAUGUAGGACUGUGCCUUUCAGCCAGACUAUCACCCAUGAAGACUGUGAAGAAGUGGUUGUGCAGAACAACCUCUGCUUUGGGAAAUGUGGGUCUGUUCACUUUCCUGGGGCUGCACCACACCUCCAUACCUUCUGUUCCCACUGCUCACCUUCCAAGUCCACCACGAUGCACUUGCAGCUGAACUGUACAGGCAUUCCGUCUGUGGUCAAGGCAGUGAUGCUGGUGGAGGAGUGCCAGUGCAAGGAGAAGACAGAACAUGGACAUAGACACCACAUACAGGCUGACGCCCAGGACUCCUUUAUACCGGGAGUUUCAACUUAAAAAAAAAAAGGCUAUCUCGCUAUUACCAUGGAAAAGCAAAAACUGAACAGUAAAGGGGGCUGAGUAUUCAGUCUGGAAAUGUUAAGUGGGUACAAAAGCUUUAAGGACAAGAUGGUUUAUAGAAACCUUUUAUAUCUCAAGUUUUUCUGAUUUGGGGGACUCAGCUGAUUGCUAACGUCUUUUCUGCUGUAAGUAUUCUGUGGCCUAUUUUUUUUUCAAGGGUUGGUAAAGAUUCUCCAUCUAAAGGAGGAAAAGAAAGAAAUCAGGCUAUAGUCGUGAUAGCUGGUGAGAUCACCAGAAGAAAACGAAGCUGAGCAAAACAAAAUGAAAUCAAAGAAAGAAUGAAGGGAGGAAAGAGAAAGGGGGAAAGGAGAAAGAGAAGAAGGGAGAGGGAGAGGAGGGAGGGGAGAAGGAAGGAAGAA